CACAACCUUCACAACUCAUUAUUGUGACAACAAAGAUGGUUUCAAGACCACUAUUAUCCUCGGCAUUCCGCCAAGCUACCCGGCCAGCUCCAACAUUCGCGUCCAAAUUCUCCUCCCCCCGAUUCUUCCCCAUCUCCGCCCGUUUCCUCUCUGCAGAGACCAAAGCCGCCAUUGAUAAAGCCGUGGGGUCCGCACCGGUGGUAUUGUUCAUGAAAGGCACGCCCGAGACUCCGCAAUGUGGAUUCUCGAGAGCUAGUAUCCAGAUUCUGGGACUGCAGGGUGUGGAUCCGCAGAAGUUUAAUGCGCUUAAUGUGCUGGAGGAUGAGGAUUUGAGACAAGGCAUCAAAGAGUACUCGGAGUGGCCGACUAUACCGCAGCUGUAUGUUGACAAGGAAUUCGUUGGGGGUUGUGAUAUUUUGGUGGCUAUGCAUCAGAAUGGAGAGCUGGCGAAGAUGUUCGAGGAGAAGAAGGUGUUGAUACUUGCCGAAGGGGAAGCCUCCAAGUAGGGUGGAAAUGCUGUAUUAAUGUACAACAAGUGUUUAAAACUCCACAUUGAUCGGAUGAUUAUAGCUUAGUGGGACUUUUUCAGUUGAAUCUCUCAAUCAAUUUAGGACGAUAAGCCGAAGGUUGGCAUAUCCCGCAAAGCACAGCUUUCAUACACUGCAAAGGCUAGUCGCCAUUAUAUCACUUCAAUAGCGAUUCGAAUUCUU